AUGGUAUUGAAAGAUCUUAAAAAAAGAUUUGACAAAAUUGUUACAAACCGAUGGGCUAUCCAAGCACACCAAGAAGAGGUUGAAGAAGAGGAGGAAGAAGACCAUAUGGUAGAGAAAAUGGAAGGAGAAAUUAUCAAGCAAACCAGUCUAGCUAUGGAGUGGUAG